CUCUUCUAAAAGACUAAAAGCAAGAGAUACGUCGUCGUUUGCAUUCUCUGGUUCACCUCGACCCCCAACUCCAGUUUGGCGCUCCACGAAUCGCGUGCCCUUUUCCUUUGUUGAACGCUAAUGGACUUGAUAGCCAGUUAUGCCUCUUCAGACGAAGAAGAAGAAGAAGAAUCACCGCAAAAUCAGAAGCAGAAUCCCUCAAAUUUCAAACCUUCAAAGCCCUCGACCGAAAUCCCUAGCAGACUGCCGGAAAACGAUGAUGACAACGACGCCGAUUUCUUAUCCGUUAAUAAACCCUCGUCGACGUUUUCCCUUCCUCCACCCAAAUUCUCAUCCUCUUUACUGUCAUCUCUUCCAGUUCCCAAGUCAUCGAGAGCAGAUCCAUUUCACCUUCGUCCGGCGUCAUUGGCUUCGUCGGAGCCUAAGCUGAAAAAGGUUGUUCAAUUUAGGCCUCCCUCGAUUUCAUCUUGGGUGAAUGAUAACAGCGUUGGUGAAGAUGACGAAGAAGAAGAGGAUGAAGAUGAGAAAGAAAAGCGAAGGAAAUUGUCUGAAUCUACUAUGGAGAAUCGGUCGGUUAAGAGCUUCUUAUCGAGCUUGCCUGCUCCGAAGAGCUCGGGCACUUUGGGAUCCCUGUCCCUUGGUUCUGGGACUGGUAGAAAAUCUAUCCUUGAAGCUGAUGUGCCUGCUUCGGAUUCCAAUGGUUCCAUUUUAGGGACUGAAGUCGGUAUUGAUUCAAAUAUGGGAUGCUAUGAAAACCAAUAUGUGCAAGGAUCAAAUUUGAGCUCUUCGGGAGCUGUUGAUGGUGGAUUUCAAUUAGGAAGUGUGGGUACAGUUGGUGGAGAAGGUGGAUAUACACAGGGCGGAGAUUAUAGCAGCUACCAAGGAUAUACUGGAUAUGGUGAGCAUUCUGGUUGGGUUGGGCAUGAUGGAGAACAGUAUUCAAACUAUGCUUCCGGUUAUGAAACUUGUGGACAAUAUGAAAAUAAUUGGGUUGAUAAGUCUAAUGCUUCUGCACAAGAACUUCCAGAAUCUGCUGAAAGUGCAUUGAGGGUGACAGGUAAGAGAAGAAAAAAUGAUGCUCCACCUGAAAUAGUUGAGGUUAACCAGGAUGAGUUGAUGAAGAAUCGACCGAGGGAAGAUCAAUCCAAGCUAACUGGCAUUGCUUUUGGGCCUUCAUACCAGCCUGCUUCAACAAAGGGUAAGCCUUCAAAACUGCUCAAGAGAAAGCAUCAAAUCAGUUCCUUGUAUUUUGAUAUGAGACAAAAGGAGUCGGAACUUGCAGAGCGGCGUUCUAGGGGGAUGCUGACCAAAGCUCAAACCCAAGGGAAGUAUGGAUGGUGAAAAAGUUGCAUUGUUAUAAUCUUGUACUAGACAUCAGAAAUGGUAGUAGUGAAAUAUCUACCAUUUCUUUAUAUAUUUCCGCCUCUAUGACUAGAUCCUUGUUUUGUUCAUGCUUGUUUAACCCAUACACAUACUUGCAAGAUGUGUGUAUAAUUAAUUACAUGGGUUCCAUAUUCCUGCGGUGCUCUGUUUUUUCCAUUGCUGUGGGGAAAUGCAUAUAUACUGAAUCGUUUUUGCCAUUCCUGCAGUGCUUUGUUUUUUUGUUAUACCAUGUAAUAUCUUUUGAUUUCUACUAAAUCUGGUCUUGAAUGUCGUUCAACUUUCAACCAAGUUAUUCAUAUAAAGGCAUCAUUCUGAUGUUUUUUAUGCCCUGCUAUUCCAAUUGCUCCAAUCCCAUGGAAUAUUGAAUUUGUUGAAUGUUCUGGAAUAAAACAUUU